AUGUCGACAAAACGGCGGUCGAAGUUAAAAGAAAAGAAAGAACAUGUUCAAGAACUUACCGAUAAACAAAAAAAUCCAAAAGCAUUUACAUUUAAUUCUGCCAUUAAAGCGGAAAGACGGUUUAGACGAAAACAAGAUAUUGAAACAAAGAAACAACAUAUACCAUUGGUUGAUAGAACACCUCUUGAACCACCUCCUAUUUUAGUCGCUGUUGUUGGUCCUCCAAAAGUUGGAAAAUCUUUAGUAAUUCAAUGUCUUAUUAAAAGUUAUGUAAAGCAACCAUUGACUAAUAUUCUUGGUCCUGUUACUAUUGUUUCUGGCAAAAAAAGAAGAAUUACAUUUAUAGAAUGCAACAAUGAUAUAAACAGUAUGAUAGACAUUGCUAAAAUAGCAGAUCUAGUAUUACUUUUAAUAGAUGCAUCUUUUGGUUUUGAGAUGGAAAUAUUUGAAUUUUUAAAUAUUUGUCAGGUUCAUGGUAUGCCUAGAAUCAUGGGUAUUUUAACUCACUUAGAUUUAAUAAAAAAUGCAAAGCAAUUAAAAAGGAUAAAAAAGACAUUGAAACAGAGAUUUUGGACAGAAGUUUAUGCUGGAGCAAAAUUAUUUUAUCUAUCUGGAUUAAUUCAUGGAGAAUAUUUACGUACAGAAAUAAAAAAUUUAGCUAGAUUUAUUUCUGUUAUGAAAUUUAGGCCAUUAACUUGGCGUAACAUGCAUUCUUAUAUUCUAGCUGAUAGAGUAGAAGAUUUAACAUCUCCAGAAUUAAUUAGACAAAAUCCAAAAAUUGAUAGGACAAUAAGUUUAUAUGGAUAUGUAAGAGGAAUUCCACUAAACAAAGAAACAUCUAUACAUAUUCCUGGCUGUGGAGAUUUAAAAAUUAAAGAUAUUACUUUCUUACCAGAUCCAUGUCCUUUGCCAGAAGAAUUAAAAAAACGAGCAUUAGUAGAAAAGGAACGAUUAAUUUAUGCACCAUUUUCUGGUGUUGGUGGUAUAGUAUAUGAUAAAGAUGCUGUUUAUGUUGAAUUAGGUGGUAGUCACUCUUAUCAAGAACAAGAAACAGGUUUGAUUGGAGCCUUAAUGGAUACCCAAGAAACAUUAGAUCAAAAAUUACAACACAGUGAAUUACAAUUAUUUAGUAAUGCUAUUCCAAUAAAACCACAAGAUUUAAAUGAAGAUCUGAACAGUUAUAGAGAAGAAACUAUCAUUGAUAAAGGCAGAGUUAGGAGAAAAGUUUUAUUCCCUGAUUCUGAAUUGUUAGAAAAAUCUUCCGACAUGUCAGAUGAUAGUGAUCAAGAAGAUGAAGAUGAUGAAAUAAAUAGCGAUCAAGAGCAAAUAAAUGAAGAUGAGAAUGAUGAUGAUAUUGAAAAUAUAAAAUUAAAUGAAGAAAAUGAAAACAAAAUCAAAGAGAUGUAUGAAAAGAAGGGUAUUAAGAGAAAAAAUAAAAUCUAUUUAUCUCAAAAUGUUAAAAGGAAAAAAAAUUCUUCAAAUAAUUUAGAGAAUGAUAUAUCUAUCAUAAAAGAAAAUUCAAAUGAUAUAAAUAUUUAUCAUUCUCUUAGCAAAGAAUCGGAUAUUUUAAUAAAUAAUAAGAUUAAAGAAACUCUGGAUCAAUUAAAUUCAGAUUCAUUUAAUAAAAAAGAAAUAAAUAAUGAAGAUGAAAGUUUUGAUGAACUUAGUGAUGAAGAUUCACGAGAUGGAUUAGAAAUGGACAAUUCAGAAGAGGAAAUUAAAUUUCGACAUGAGGUAUCCGAACGAAAAGAAAAUGAUAUUGAGAUUGAUAAUAUGGAAGAAGAUGAAGAGAUCGAGGAUGAAGAAGAAAUUGAAAAUGAAAUAAAAUGGAAGACAAAUCUUAUUGAAAAAGCUAGACAAACGUUUGAAGAUCGUCAGCGGAAUAAUAAAAAUCUUAUGAAAAUUGUUUAUGGAGUAUUUGAUCGAAAUUAUACAGAAAUGGAAGAUGAAAAAGUGGAAAAUGUCGAACAGGAAGAUAAUGAAAUAGGUGGUAUCUUUCGAGUAGUUCAAGAACAACAAAAACAAAAAAUACAAUUACGAGAGUUACAAAAUCAAGAGGAAUGUAUAUUUUUUCCUGAAACUCAAAGAGAUUGGUUGAAUGAAGAAAAUAAAAUGCUUGUAAUGAAUCGUUUUGUAACUGGAAAAUGGAAAGAGUCUGAAGAUGCAGAAGAACUUUUAAAAUUAGAUGACAUAAACGAUGAAGAAUUAUAUGGAGAUUUCGAAGAUUUAGAAACUGAAGAGAAACAUGAAACAAAAAUAGCAAAAGAAUCAAAAAUAGAUGAAAUAGAAGAAAAGAAAAAGCUUUUGGAAAAAAAGAAAAAAUUGAAAGAACAAUUUGAUUUAGAAUAUGAUAACAGUGAAACUAAAACAUAUUAUGAUGAGUUAAAACUUGAAGUUGAAAGACAAGCAAAUCUAAAUAAAUCGGAAUUUGAGGGUAUAGAUGAUAAUAUAAGGGUACAGUUGGAAGGUUAUCGUCCAGGCAUGUAUGUACGUGUUGAGAUUGAAACUGUACCGUGCGAACUUAUUACUCAUUUAGACCCCACAUAUCCAUUAAUUAUUGGAGGUCUUUUACAUGGUGAAGAAAACAUAGGAUAUGUACAAACAAGAAUAAAAAAGCAUCGGUGGUAUUCGAAGAUUCUAAAAAGUAAAGACCCGCUUAUACUUUCUGUAGGCUGGCGUAGAUUUCAAACAUUACCAAUCUUCUCUAAGUUAGAAGAUAAUUUGAGAAAUAGAAUGUUAAAAUAUACUCCAGAACAUGUUGCUUGUAUGGCACAUUUCUGGGGUCCUAUUACACCACAAGGUACAGGAAUCUUAGCAGUUCAAGAUGUUGCAACUAGAAUACCAGGUUUUAGAAUAGCAGCAACUGGUUCUAUUGUAGAAAUGGACAAAAGUACUCAGAUUAUGAAGAAAUUGAAGCUUACUGGUGUUCCAAUGAAAAUUUAUAAAAAAACAGCUUUUAUAAAGGAUAUGUUUAACUCACCACUUGAAGUUGCAAAAUUUGAAGGUGCUAAAAUAAAAACUGUAUCCGGAAUACGCGGUCUAAAAAAAGCCGUUUCGAAGCCAGAAGGAUGUUUCCGUGCGACAUUUGAAGAUAAAAUACUUUUGAGUGAUAUCGUUUUUUGUCGUACUUGGUAUAAAGUUGAUGUUCCAAAAUUUUAUAAUCCCGUUACAUCACUUUUAUUACCUCCUGAAGAAAAAAAUCAAUGGCAAGGAAUGAAAACAACUGGGCAGUUAAAAAGAGAAAAAAAUAUUCAUAUCCGUGCUAAUAAAGAUUCUAUGUAUACUCCUAUUGAAAGAGCAGCAAAAGUAUUUAAACCUUUGUCUAUUCCUCGAAGCUUACAAAGAGAACUUCCGUAUCGAGAUAAACCAAAAUUAACGCCAAGUUCUAAUAAAUACAAACCAAACUUUAAAAAUGGCAGAGUGGCUGUUGUACGUGAACCAAAAGAAACAAAUAUAGCAAGACUUAUGAAAAUGAUUAAAACUAAUUAUGCUUAACAAAAACAACUUAAAGAAGCUACUAAACGAAGAAUCGAAGCACAUCAAGCACAAAUUGCUGCUGCAGAAGCACGAAAGCUCAGCAGACAAAAAGAAUUAAAGAAACAUGUAUUCAGAGAACUUAGUAAAUUGGAAAAGAAAAAAAAGUCAUAGCAAAUUUAAUUAUAAUAAUUUUUACAAAUG